CGGACAUGCUUGUUCCGGACGAAUCGGACUGACGACCAAUCAAAGCCGCGCCUGCUGGUAAGCGCUACCCUUGCAUCAGCUUCGGGGGAGUUCUGAUAGAACAUAAAUAAUGAGUUGAGCCUCCUGAACUCUUCCCAUCUUCUAUUUUUUUUCUUCAUAGUUCUACACAUAUACUCGUGAAUUUUGAAAGAUACGGCACAAGAUGGACGUGGGCCCUUCCCUCAACGCCAUGCCUGCUCACCCGGCAGACACUUCCUCGUCAGACAACCUCGCCGAACAAUAUGACUUUAUCAUCAUCGGAGGCGGUACAGCAGGUCUAGUCCUCGCCGCCAGAUUAACGGAAGAUCCAUCGGUGCAAGUCCUUGUCCUUGAAGCUGGAUCAAACAGACAAGAUGAUCCCAUGAUCAUGACUCCCGGCCUUGCUUUUGGCAUGUACGAGAAUCCCAAUUAUGAUUGGUGUCUGCAAACCGUUCCUCAGGCUGGUCUCAACAAUCGCAUCCUCCCCCAACAACGAGGCAAGGUCCUCGGAGGAAGCAGUUCCAUCUUCCAAAUGCAAAUGGUCUACACCUCCGCACCAGCCUUCGACGCUUGGGAAAAACUCGGCAACCCAGGCUGGAAUUGGGAAGCCAUGCUUCCCUACCUCCGUAAAUUCCACACUCACCACAAUCCAAGUCCAGCCGAGGCAGCCAACGAGAUUCUCAGCAUCGCAAGUCACGACGACGCGUUGGAAUCUAGUGAAGGACCUGUCCAGACGUCGUUUAGUGAGACCAGUGAUGUGGAUAAGGCUUGGUAUGAGUCUUGGGGAAAGAUUAUGAGGGAUUUGAAGUAUGAAGGGAAGGAUAUUGGGGGACUUGCUCAUCCUGCUUCAAUUGAUCCCAAGACGAGGACGAGAAGUUCAGCAACGUCGGCGUACUACGCCGCGGAUGUUUCUUCAAGAACGAAUCUGCGCGUGGUGACUGAUGCAUUGGUCUCAAAGAUCGUGCUUGAGAGAAAAGAUGAAGAGGUUAUUGCAACAGGCGUGCAAUUUGUGUCCAAAUCUGGGAAAGCCAUCAUCGUCAAAGCAAAGAGAGAAGUCAUCCUGUCAGCUGGGACUAUGAAAUCACCUCAGAUCUUGGAACUUUCCGGGAUUGGCGACACCAAAUUGCUCGAUCAGCACGGAAUCGAGACAUUCGUCCACAACCCAAACGUCGGCGAGAGCCUCCAAGAUCAUCUCAUCGUAUCCGUCUCAUUCGAAGCAGAAGAUGGAGUCCAAACGGGCGAAGUCAUGAUGCGCGACCCAUCCGUCAUGCCCGCCCUGAUGGCAAUGUACCAAAAAGACCACUCCGGCCCUCUCGCACACAACUUCGUGCCCAUUGCACAAUUCCGCCUCCCCGAAACAUUCGCACCCAACGGACACGAGUACAUCCCAUCUCUCCUCCAGAAAAUAUCUCCCAAGCCCACCUCCGAGCAUCAACAACUCAGAGAUAAAAUCACAGCAGAUCUCCUCUCCUCAGCCACAAUGCAGCAAAUGCUCUCAAAAAUGCAAUUCAACAUCUCCGCCGGCUCAAAACUCGCCGAUAUGGUCAAAGGCGAUGUAGAAGGCAACUACAUCUCCUUCAUGUCUGUUCUCAACCACCCUUUCUCUCGCGGAAACAUCCACAUUGCAUCAUCCUCACCAACCGACGAUCCACUCAUCGACCCCAAAUACCUCUCUCACCCCAUGGACAUCGAACUCCACGCCCGCCACGUGCAAUUUCUCUCCACUCUCACCUGCACGCCUCCCUUAUCGCAAUACCUCAAGCGCAACGGGCGGAGAAUUCCAGCUCAUGCGUUUGCGGAUGGUAAGCAGGAGAUGGAUCUCGAGACUGCGAAGAAGGUGGUUAGAGAGCAUAGUAUCUCGAAUUAUCAUCCUGCAGGGACGUGUGGGAUGGGGCCGAGGGAGAAGGGGGGAGUGGUGGACGCGGAAUUGAAGGUUUAUGGUGUGAGAGGAUUGAGGGUCGUGGAUGCGAGUGUGUUCCCGAUUAUGCCGAGAGGGAAUAUUAUUACUAGUGUUUAUGCGGUGGCGGAGAGGGCGGCGGACAUGAUUAAGGCUGAGUGGAAGGGGAAGUGAGAUGGGGUUGUGAUAUUGUAGAGAGGCUAUUCAAGGUAACCUUUGAAAGUGCUCCCGGCCCCUCACUGUGAGUGGGUGGUCGGUGAUGAAUAGGAAGUUGACAUCUCUUCGCAUGACUCACUCAAGACACAUGAAGAAGAAACAAAUAUGAAAUCUAGAUGACAUCAGGCUAAUCAGGGA